AUGGCUCGAUCAUCUGGACAUGUUUCUUAUCUUGCGGCUGCAAUUCCGAUGGCUAUUCUCCUGACAAUCAUAUGCUUAUUUCUAGCAACCAACGUCACCCAUGCCUCGAGACGCCCGACCACCUACAUUGUGGGAGACGAGUACGGUUGGGAUUUGAUUUUUUCAUUGGAAGAUUGGCCACGAGGCAAAACCUUUUACGCUGGUGAUAUUCUUGUAUUCAAAUACAAUUAUGAGGAAAACGGUGUAUGGGUGGUAAACAGAACUGGCUAUGAAACAUGUACAGCAAACGAUGGAGCGAAAGAGUACAAUUCCGGUAACGAUAGAAUCCAACUUCCUUAUGGUUAUAGCUAUUACAUUGGGAUAUUUAAUCCUCUUGAUUGUUCUGCCGGUUUGAAGAUGGCGGUCAAAGCAUUAGCUCCAAAGUAA